GCAAAGUCCUUUCGGGAUUAAAACUGAUGCGCACGUGUUGUCAGUUCUGCCGCCAGCGAGACGGGUGUCACACGUGUUUUACGACCUCGCGUGUGCGAGCACCUUUGUUGCUUUGCUUUAGUCGACUGCAGCAGCAGCUGAGCUUGUCACUACAGCGUUUCUCCUGUGUUGGCAGUAUUUGAACGAAUCGUCGAGUCGUCGCGCACACAAGCGGCUCUGCGUCAUUGUAGCACGGGAACCAUACAGAAUAACAUCGCUUUCAUCUCCUUCAUCGUCGUCAAUCUGUCCUACGCUUUUUAGCGUGUGAUUUACGAGAAAACAAGUUUGGACUAUAGAUGGCAAGGACUCUAAAUAAUAUGCUACUCCGAAGAUGGUUAUUAGGAAGUUUACUGUUGAUUUUUUGCUGCUCUAACAUUUCGGGUCAAUCAAUCUUUGAAUCAUGCCCAUCAUGCAAAAUCGGCGUCAAUCUCCUUCGAUCUAUGAUUGCAUCCGGCAAAAGUGUGAAGGAGGUGGUAUCACUGGCUACGGGUGUCUGCAGUUUCUUCAGCAUACAAACUCCGAGAGUUUGCGCUGGUAUAAUGAAUCUUGUGGGCGCCGAUGCAGUAGAAGCGUUCAACCAGACGCAAAUGACAACUGCUGAAAUCUGCAGUUUCAUUCUUCCGAAUGGUUGUCCGGAUAUCAUUGACAAGCGUUAUGAUUGGAAGGUGACUUUUCCGUCAAAACCAAAACCUGCAGAACAUCCCACAGUACCACCACCCCCGAGUGCACCGAGACUCAAAGUCCUACAAAUCACCGACAUACAUUAUGACCCACACUAUCUUGAAGGUGCAAACGCCGAAUGUGGUGAACCACUGUGCUGUCGUGCUACCAGUGGUGUUCCUUUGUCACCCACGCAUGCCGCGGGAAAGUGGGGCGAUUAUCGCAAGUGUGAUACUCCGAAAAUCCUUCUUGAAAAUGCUCUCAGGCAUAUUGCUAAAACGCACAAGGAUAUUGACUACAUUAUAUGGACAGGUGAUAUUCCUCCUCAUGACUCAUGGAAUCAGACAAAAGAAGGGAACUUGGAGAUUAUCCGGGAAACAAUUCAAUUGAUGGAUACUUAUUUCAAGGAUAUACCGAUUUAUCCAUCGAUUGGUAAUCACGAGAGUUGUCCAGUGGACAGUUUUGCGCCAUUGGAAGCUCCACCAAGACGCAAUAUGUCUUGGCUUUAUGACGCACUGGAUGUAGAGUGGAGGCGCUGGUUACCAGAUGACACAUCAACAACAAUUAGGCACGGUGCUUAUUAUUCCGUGCUUCAGAGACCUGGUUUGAGAUUGAUUUCUGUGAACAGUAAUUACUGUAGCAAAAAUAACUUUUGGCUAUUGAAGAAUAGCACUGAUCCAGCGGGUCAAUUGGCUUGGCUGAUUGAACAGCUCGAUGACGCUGAAACUAAAGGCGAAAAGGUUCACAUAAUUAGUCAUAUGCCACCGGGACAACCGGAUUGCAUCAAAGUAUGGUCAAGAAAUUAUUAUGACAUUAUCAAUCGGUACGAAGCAACAAUUAUGGCUCAAUUUUAUGGGCAUACUCACUACGACGAAUAUGAAGUAUUUUACGACACCAAAAAUUUCAAACGGCCACUCAAUGUUGGAUACAUAGCGCCCUCAAUCACGCCAUGGGAAAAUGUUAAUCCUGGUUAUCGUAUCUAUUAUGUAGAAGGAGAUCAUCCAAAUACAACUAGAUCUAUUAUAGAUCAUGAAACGUGGAAGAUAGAUCUUACUGAUGCGAAUCGUCUUGAAUAUCCUAUAUGGUACAGAGCUUACACUGCUAGAAGAGCUUACGGUAUGAAUUCAUUAUUACCCAAAGAUUGGGAUAAUCUUAUCACUAGAAUGUCUCACGAUGAGGACCUUUUUGAAACUUAUUAUAGGAAUUACUACAGAGACUCACCAGUCAGGCCGAGAUGUGAUGUUAUAUGCCAAAAGGAAUUACUUUGUAAUCUUAGAAGUGGUAGGAGUAGUGAUAUUAAGAAUCUCUGCCAAAAUUUAUAGACAAACAAAGCUUAACAACUUAUGACAAUUAUUUUAAGUAGAAGGAUUUUUGUAACUCGAGCAUUUUUUACUAAUGACUGUAAAUUAUAAGUACGUAUUAAAUGUAAAUAAAAGUUAUUGUAAUAGAAUUCAGUA